GAGCUGGCGGCGCCUGUCAGAACCUCGGGAAACUUCUGACCCCACGCUUCAGGCAUUUCCUUAUCUGGCUCACCUCUCUUAUCUCGAGCCGCGCUUCCCUGGCGCGGCCUUCGCUAGGGAAGUCCUACCUGAGAUCUAACCCGAGAUCCUCUUGCUGCACCCCAGUCUAGAGCAUCCUGUAUUUCCCAUUUUUAAGAUCCCGUUUCUCCCCCUGCUGCUUCUGUGACCCCUCCUCAGCCUCUGCCAUCUGGAGGCUGCUUUUCCCAGCCGGAGAGAUUCAAGUGACCCAGCGGGAUCAGUGCGAGGGCUUUGCACGAGAAACCCUGCCUCCUGGGCCUUCAGCACAUCCAGCCUGGCCUACAGUCUGCCCUUGAUCCUCUUUAUUCACCUGUCCCCCCACGGAGCCAAAGGCCAGGCCCGCACUGUUAGGCCUGACUCCUUGCCCAGACCACCCUCCCAUGGCCUCCUGCCCAGGACCAGGGUCUUGCUGAUGUGGUAACACAGCAGACCACCAGGAGAUGAAUGGACACCUUGAAACAGAGGAGCAGGGGGAUCAGAGGCCAGACCAGGAGCUGACCUGGAGCUGGGGCCACAGGCCUAGAAGCGCCCUGGACAGGGCCAAGGUCAUGGCCCCCCCACCGCCGCCACCACUGGCCGCCAGCACCCCGCUCCUGCAUGGCGAGUUUGGCUCCUUCCCGGCCCGCAGCUCCCGCUUCGCCCUCACUCUCACACCACAGGCCCUACACAUACAGCGGCUGCGCCCAAAGCCCGAAGCCCGGCCCCGGGGCGGCCUGGUCCCGCUGGCCGAGGUGUCCGGCUGCUGCACCCUGCGGAGCCGCAGCCCCACAGACACGGCGGCCGCCUACUUCUGCAUCUACACCUAUCCGCAGGGCCGGCGGGGGGCCCGGCGCAGAGCCGCCCGCACCUUUCGGGUCGACGGGGCGGCCACCUACGAGGAGAACCGCGCUGAGGCCCAGCGCUGGGCCACUACCCUCAUGUGUCUGCUCCGUGGACUGCCGCUGCCCGGGGAUGGGGAAAUAACCCCCGAGCUCCUGCCGAGGCCACCCCGAUUGCUCCUAUUGGUCAAUCCCCUUGGGGGACGGGGCCUGGCCUGGCAGUGGUGUAAGAACCACGUGCUGCCCAUGAUCUCUGAAGCUGGGCUGUCCUUCAACCUCAUCCAGACAGAACGACAGAACCACGCCCGGGAGCUGGUUCAGGGGCUGAGACUGAGUGAGUGGGACGGCAUCGUCACGGCCUCCGGAGACGGGCUGCUGUUUGAGGUGCUGAACGGCUUCCUGGACCGCCCUGACUGGGAAGAGGCUGUGAAGACGCCCGUGGGCGUCCUCCCCUGUGGCUCAGGCAACGCCCUGGCCGGAGCUGUGAACCAGCAUGGGGGGUUUGAACCUGCCCUGGGUGUCGACCUGCUGCUCAAUUGCUCGCUGCUACUCUGCCGGGGCGGCAGCCGCCCGCUGGACCUGAUGUCUGUGACGCUGGCCUCCGGCUCCCGCUGCUUAUCCUUCCUGUCUGUGGCCUGGGGCUUCGUGUCAGACGUAGAUAUCCAGAGCGAGCGCUUCAGGGCCCUGGGCAGCGCCCGCUUCACGCUGGGCACAGUGCUGGGCCUCGCCACGCUGCACACCUACCGAGGACGCCUCUCCUACCUCCCUGCCACCGUGGAGGCCACCUCACCCACCCCUGCCCAUGGCCUGUCCCGCGCCAAGUCUGAGCUGACCCUGGCACCAGCCCCGGCUCCGGCCCCGCCUGUGGCACAUUCCCCCCUGCAUCGUUCAGUGUCUGACCUGCCCCUGCCCUUGCCUGUGCCCCAGCCUGUUCUGACCUCCCCUGGCUCCCCUGAGCCUCUGCCCAUCCUGUCCCUCAAUGGUGGGGGCCCAGAGUUGGCUGGCGACUGGGGUGGGGCUGGGGAUGCCCCCCUGUCUCCAGACCCACCACUGCCCUCACUGCCUAGCUCCCCGAAGGCAGCUUUACUCUCCCCUGUCACCGAGGGGGUCCCAGAAACGUUAGCGUCCUCUGGGUUCCCACCUCCCACCCCCGAUGCUCCGGGAGCCAUCUCUACCAGAGGGCCCCCUGACCACCUGCUGCCUCCUCUGGGCACCCCGCUCCCCCCAGGCUGGGUGACCCUGGAGGGGGACUUUGUGCUCAUGUUGGCCAUCUCGCCUAGCCACCUGGGGGCGGACCUGGUGGCGGCCCCCCACGCGCGCUUUGAUGAUGGCCUGGUGCACCUGUGCUGGGUGCGUGGUGGCAUCUCCCGGGCCACGCUGCUGCGCCUCUUUCUGGCCAUGGAGCGCGGCAGCCACUUCAGCCUGGGCUGUCCGCAGCUGGGCUAUGCCGCGGCGCGUGCCUUCCGCCUCGAGCCUCUCACGCCUCGGGGCGUGCUCACUGUGGACGGAGAGCAGGUGGAGUACGGGCCGUUGCAGGCGCAGAUGCACCCGGGCCUUGGCACACUGCUCACCGGGCCUCCCGCCUGCCCAGGUCGGGAGCCUUGAACCUAACGAAGCUUGCAUCCCGCCAGGGGCGGGGCCAACAUUCCAAGGAGGCGGGGCCUGAUCUGAGGGCGUGGCCUCGCUGCUAGAGUUAGGGCGAAGGUCCCACACGCAGGGGUCCCCAGCCCCGUCUCAGGAUUGCGCCCGCUCCCGGGGGACCAGAGGUGAUGUUAUUAGAUGGAGUGUGGCCCGAAUUCCAGAGACUCAUCACGGUCACAAAUGGGCUGGCCCCGAAGGUAGUGCCUGACCAAUGUGGGCGGGGCUCAGCCCAAACCCUCGCUUCCGGCUCGUAGGACGCCAGGUCGGCUGAGGGCGGAGACUGUUAACGUCUUCUCCAAUGACGGGACCUGGCACGUGCGGGCCGGGGAAGGCCUUAGUCCAUCGGCCAGUCAGGGCCCGGGUCUCGCCCUAUCCAUUCCGGUGCCUCCACUUAACUGGCCAAUCAGCCCUGGAGGGGCAGGUUCCCCGGGGCCGACGCUCGGAUUUGCACUAAAGUUCCUCCUCGCCCCCUUGCUGGUGGGGGGCGGGGAAACAACUGUCCCCCGUCUUCUGUCUCCCGUGCGUCCCCGACCCCGAUCUUCAGAGCAAUUGAAACGGUCUAUGCAAUAAAGGCAGUCGCUCCAUUCCUCUCA